GGGCCUCGGCAGAACUGCGACGCUCGCCGACAUCCCCUCCCACCUCUUCUCUACGCCGGGUUCUCUGCCGUCUGUCGCCCUCAUCCGAGAUGCUGUUCGAGUCCGUCGUCGCUCUGGCGCUCGCGCUCAGCGCGUCCGCAAAGCCGGUGCCGAGCCCCAUCGACGUCAUCAAGCGCGACCACGUCGCCGGCAUCGUCAUCAACAAGUGCGCGAAGCCCGGCGUCCUGACCCUGGCCUACGACGACGGGCCCUAUCAGUACACCUCUUCGCUGGUCGACACCCUCAACAACGCCGGCGUCAAGGGCACCUUCUUCUUAACCGGCACCCUAUACGGCUGCAUCUACAACCAGCGAGCCGCCGUCAAGAAGGCGUACGACUCGGGACACCAGAUCGCGUCGCAUACCUGGACGCACCCGCACGUGGGCAGCCUGGGGGCGGCGCAGAUCCGGAGCGAGAUGGAGCGGGUGGAGCAGGCGUUCGUGAACAUCUUCGGGCGGAAGCCGCAGUACGUGCGGCCGCCGUACCUGGAGACGGGCGGGCAGUUCCUGGGCGUGAUGCGCGAGCUGAACUACACCGUCGUCACCAACGACGUCGACGCCGGCGACUGGAACAACCAGUCCCCCCAGCAGAGCCAGCAGCGCUUCCAGCAGGCCGGCGCCGCCGGCGACGGCCACAUCCCCCUCAUGCACGAGACCUACCAGGGCACCGUCACCACCCUCACCAGCUGGCUCAUCGCCUGGGCCCGCUCCAACAACCUCCAGAUCGUCACCGUCGCCGAAUGCCUCAACGACGCCGAGGGCGCUUACAAGCCCGGAACCUUCGAGGGGAACGGGCAGACGACCUGCUGAAGGAGAGCGCGCCGGGGUGGUGAUUUGAGGGAUAGCGUCGAGUUGCUAGUCGUGCCGAAUUAGGCUAAAUGAACCCUCAACGCACCUACGCGUCGUGAUACUGCGGGCGAAUCUGCGUGUAAAGCCCCGAAGCGAGUCCCGAGUUAUUUCUGCAGCGGCGUGUCUGAUCCGUCGAGACACAAUCCCAAGAACUACAAGUCGCGGCUCCUAUA